UGUUUGAUCCUGACUCCUCUAAUCUUCCCCUUCUUUCAGUGCCCCCCUCUUAUCUCCUGAUAAGACAUAUCGUGUGGAGACACUCUGCACAUGCUCAGAGGUUUUUUUUUUUCUUGGGAGAGCGCAUGUGAUCAGCACAGGGCCCAAUCAGCACUAUCCAGACAGAGGUCAGGGCUCUGCAUCCUCCUAGAGCAGAAAGCAAAUUCCUCCUACAAACUUUAACCAGUGCUCUGCUGAACACUGCUAGAAGCCACAAGACUGCUCUAACUGCUGAUGAGAAAAGAUAUUUAGCAUUUUAGAUUUACUGA